UAUUCCAUUUUAUAAUGAUAGAACUGUUUCAAAUGGAUCGAGGAGUGAGCUCAUAUUCAAUUCUUUGCUGAAGAAAAUGAAAAUAGCUUGCUUCUAUACUGUAUAUUGAAGUUUGGAAUGGGACAUUUGGACAUGGUCAAGUAAUUGGUAUGGACAGGGCCAUUUUAUUGCAAUUAGGGAUAAAAUGAACCUAUCUAUAUUGCUGUUCAUUUAACAAAGUGUUUCCUGAUAUAUGAAGGAACGAAUGUUUUUAUAUACAGCGGGAAAUAAUUUCCAGUUUAUCUAAGGCUUACUGUCAGCGCAGGUAUUUUAUGGUAUUCUUAUGUACACACUGAAGAGGAAGAUUCUUCGCUUCGUGUUCAACAGACGUCCUAGAUUACAGCAGGGAGAAGCAGGUAAAGUUCUCACAUAUUCACUUCAAACAUCUUAUCUAUUUGUUGCAGUUGUUUUGAUUAAUAUUUCCAUUUUUUAACGAUAGACAGGAUGAUACACGUCUUGGAAACCUUAAAGCAGAUAUGGUCCUGGAUUUUUGUCAAGGAAAAUGAAGGUGAUCUAUCGGUAGCUCAGCAAACCAGCGGACCAGAUUCCGAACAACUCUGCUUCAAGACCCUUCUCAAGCAACCCCUCCUAGAAGAGGUUUUCUUUACAAACUGUCAGCCAUUGUGGCGGAUCGGUGUUUGGAACAACUUCAUGUUCAUAAGCGGAGACGACAAAACCAUCAAAAGCAUCGACCAGAUAACCCAUGGCUGCAAAGAUGAACUACAAACACUCUCCGGAAACUCUCCCGACGAUUUUUCGAUAAUCGAUUCGGGAAAAAUCAUUUAUGCCGACUGGCAAGAAAGGCGAAUUUAUUAUUUACAGAAUGGUCAGGUGGACGCCAUGAUAAAUUUGGGUGGCUGGAAACCUUGGGCAUUGUGUUGCUCUAUGGCCGGCGAUAUUUUGGUCGCAAUGCGUUCUGAUGAUGCUAGACGCGCUCGAGUUGUUGGAUACCGAGGGUCUACAAAAACAAGAGAAUACUGCGUUGAUAAUAAAUGCAGGCCUCUGUACGGAUCGCCAGCCUUUAUAGCUGAAAACAAGAAUGGAGACGUAUGUGUGUCUGAUGCUCAUUAUAAUCGCGUCACUGUGGUAAACCAAAAGGGGGUUUUGAAGUUUCAUUACAAUGGGAAGCAAGUGUUGAGGAAGUACCCUGCAUUCUGUCCUAAAGGCAUUACCACGGAUAGCCAGUGUCAUAUCCUAGUGGCCGACCAGCAAAAUAACUGUAUACACAUCCUAGAUCGUAUUGGUCAGCUGGUCAGCUUUAUAACAGACAUAUCUCUGGACGAACCUUACUGUCUGUGUGUUGGAAAAGCCGAUGAACUUUUCGUCGGAGAGUAUCAUAAAGGCCAUAUUAAGAAACUAAGGUAUCUACAGUAAACUUUGAAAAAAUCAGAGAUCUGGGUUUUCGUCUCAUACAUUGCUGAUUUAAAAUAAUUUGUUACCAUUAACUGCAUGUUUAUUAUGUGAUUUGAUAUAAAGAGUCAAU